CGAUCCACCGCCUCACCACCCGUCUCCUAAUAUGUGCACCAUGGUUCGAAUCAGUUUUAGGGUUUAAUCCAACAAAACAACAAGGGUUUACGGUUCCUUUCAGCUUUCUGCUGAUGAUGAUUACAUAUGAAUUCAAAGGCAGGGGUCAGCGAUUUGCGAGAGUAGUUAGUGUUUUUUCUGAGGAGUAAAUCAUGAUUAAGGGUGAUGAUAUGAAAUAGUAUAUGAUAGCUUGUUUGAUGGUGAUGGUUGUCUUCAGGGGUGCAUUGGUUUUGAAAAUUUAAGAGCUCUUUGGACUAGUAUACUUGAUUGCUACUUGUUUUACUUUCUGUGAGUUCGAUAACAUUUAAUUAGAUUUAGUGAGUUAUAGAAGAUGGCUGAUGAAACAGUCGGGGACUCCGUGUGGACUAGAGAGCAGGAUAAGGCUUUUGAAAAUGCACUAGUUACUUAUCCUGAUGAGAAAUCCAAGGAUCGGUGGGAGAAAAUUGCUGCUGUGGUUCGGGGGAAAUCGGUGGAAGAGAUUAAGCAUCACUAUGAGUUGUUAGUUGAGGAUUUGGACAAUAUCGAGUCUGGUCUUGUUCCUCUGCCUUGCUAUAGUUCUUCAUUGGAUGACUCGGAAAGCCAUGCAGGUGACGGUGGAACCAGUAAGAAAGGCGGCAAUUUUGGUCAGAAUAGCAGUGAAUCAAAUCAUGGAGGUAAGGCCUCAAAGUCAGAUCAAGAGCGACGUAAAGGGAUUGCUUGGACAGAGGAUGAACACAGAUUAUUUCUUCUUGGGUUGGAGAAAUACGGGAAAGGCGAUUGGCGAAGUAUUUCCAGGAAUUAUGUGGUGACACGCACGCCUACUCAAGUUGCAAGCCAUGCACAGAAAUAUUUCAUUCGAUUGAACUCCAUGAACAAAGAUCGGAGGCGAUCAAGCAUCCAUGACAUCACCAGUGUCAACAAUGGAGACGUGUCGUUGCCCCAACCUCCGACAGGGGUCGGCAUGACGAUUGGGCAACCAGUUGGUGGAGGACCGCUAGUUUCAGCAGUAGGAACACCGGUAGGUCUUGCAGCAGCACCAGCAGCACACAUGGCAUAUGGUGUGGGAACCCAAGGCAUCUCUUCACAUGUGAAGAAGCAAGUUACAAAAUUGUAUAAACAACCUUAGGUAGGGUCAUAUUUUGAGUAGAAAAAUGAUUUUUGCAGUUCUAUGAGAUCAGUUAAUCUUAAUAUUUGAUUAUAUUUUAAUAAGACAUAGGUGAAUGUUUUGCUUAUGCU